CCGCUGCUGGAACCGAGCCCCAGCCACUUCCUGGGCUUUUCCUGAUGCUUUAAUCCUCUCAAGCUGAAUCUGGCAUGUUCUGUGACAGGCGGGGUCUGAUGAAGCCGCUAUGCCGUUUUCGGAUAACGCAUCGGAAGCCUAUGUCUGGCCAAUCACAGCACAGCCCGCAAAAUGGUUACGUCAAGGAUGUCCUCCGUUUGAGAUAUAAAGGAGGGAAGAUUGAUCUUAGAAAGACCCUACUGCAUCGGUCUUCAAUCUAUAACAAAUAGCGGCCAUGGCUCUCUCCGGAAAAGUUGCCCUCAUUACCGGCGGCGUGAAGAAUCUCGGCGCAGAGAUUGCCCGCGAUCUGGCGGCGGCGGGCGCCAACCUGUCUCUUCAUUACAACUCGGCCAGCAGCAAGGAGGAUGCUGUCAAACUGGAGGCAGAGUUGAAGCAGAAGUACCCUUUGGUUAAGGUCGCUUUCCACCAGGCCGACCUGACCACAGCGGCAGCGGUCACGAAAUUGUUCGACGAGACGCUGCAGAGCUUCGGCAAGAUCGACAUCGUCGUCAACACGGUUGGCAAGGUUCUCAAGAAGCCCAUUGCGGAGAUCAGCGAGGAGGAGUACGAUUCGAUGUUUGCAAUCAACUCCAAGGCUGCAUUUUUCAUCCUCAAAGAGGCUGCCCAGCAUGUCACCGACGGAGGCAAGAUCAUCACCAUCGUCACGGCUCUUCUGGGCGCCUUUACAGGCUUCUAUACUUCGUACGCGGGCAGCAAGGCCCCCGUCGAACAUUUCACUCGUGGCGUGUGUAAAGAAUUGCAGUCUCGACAGGUCAGCGUCAACUGUAUUGCGCCUGGACCCAUGGAUACUCCCUUCUUCUACCCGCAAGAAUCCCCCGAGGCCGUCGCCUUCCACAAGAGCAACGGGAUGGGCGGCCGCCUGACAGACGUUCGGGAUAUCGCGCCCAUUGUCAAGUUUCUGUGCACGGACGGGGCAUGGAUUACGGGGCAGACGCUCUUCGCCAACGGGGGAUAUACGACGCGCUAGAAUUAGUUAAUUAUCUUAUUGAAUGAAAUCGGGUCUUCCAAUGAAAU